GCCAUGGCUCUCCUCCCUGGAAACUCCUCCGAGUGCUCCAACUGCACCCACUCUGUGGAGCCUGUGAACAUUCCCAAGGCCAUCUUACUGGGUGUUAUUCUAGGGGGGCUGAUUGUUUUUGGGGUUUUGGGUAAUAUCCUGGUUAUCCUGUCCGUAGCCUGCCACAGACACCUACAGAGUGUCACCCACUAUUACAUCAUCAACCUGGCUGUAGCUGAUCUCCUCCUGACUUCUACUGUCCUGCCCUUCUCAGCUACCAUGGAGAUUUUGGGCUACUGGGUCUUUGGGAGGAUCUUCUGCAACAUCUGGGCAGCUGUUGAUGUGCUUUGCUGCACUGCUUCCAUCAUGAGCCUCUGCAUCAUCUCCAUUGACCGAUACAUUGGGGUGAGCUACCCACUGAGGUACCCCAGCAUAGUGACAGAGAGGAGGGGCCUCCUGGCCCUGCUCUGUGUCUGGGCACUGUCCCUGGUCAUCUCUAUUGGGCCCCUUUUUGGCUGGAAGGAGCCAGCCCCUGAGGAUGAGACUAUCUGCCAGAUCACCGAGGAACCUGGUUACGUCUUGUUCUCAGCUCUGGGCUCCUUCUACCUCCCCCUGAUCAUCAUCUUGGUGAUGUACUGCCGGGUCUAUGUGGUGGCCAAAAGGGAAAACAAAGGCCUGACCUCUGGGCUGAAGACAGAGAAAUCCCGUUCCGAGGAGGUGACCCUCCGCAUCCACCGCAAAAACAUACCUGGUGCAAGCAGCUCUGCACCCAACCCUAAGAGCAAGCACCACUUCUCUGUGCGCCUGCUCAAGUUCUCCAGGGAAAAGAAAGCUGCCAAGACCCUGGGAAUAGUUGUGGGAUGCUUUGUCCUCUGCUGGCUCCCAUUUUUUGUAGUAAUGCCUCUUGGCUCUUUCUUUCCUGCAAUCAAACCCCCGGACACACUUUUUAAAAUAACAUUUUGGCUGGGAUAUUUAAACAGCUGCAUCAACCCCAUCAUCUAUCCAUGCUCAAGUCAAGAGUUCAAGAAAGCGUUCCAUAACGUCCUGAGAGCUCAGUGCCUCCUGAGGAAGCAGCCAGCAAUGAAGCAAACCCCCAGCUUCAACCUCAACCAUCCUGCUGGCGAAAGCAUGGAGAGUGGCAAAGAGGUGGUCCGGAUUCCUGUGGGAUCAGGAGAAACCUUCUACAAGAUUUCCAAAUCAGACGGGGUCUGCGAGUGGAAGAUCUUCUCCACUGUGCAGGGUGUGCCCACCAAAAAUGCCGUUUCCAAAGACUGCACAGCUGCCAAAGCCAAGAGCAAAGGGUUCCUGCAGGAAUGCUGUUGUGCAGGCACUUCAGGGAGUCUCGCCCACAAGAACUGCAAAGUGCCAGCCAUUAAACUCCACUCAAUCUCCCUGAGCGAGAGUGGGGAGGAUGUAUAA